AUGUCAGCACCGAUUGCCUCCGCGUGGAAGAUUAUCCCAACUUUUGAAUCACAGUCGAUACAGCGGACUAUCGAAUUCUAUGUUGACUUUCUCGGUUUUGACUUGGGUGGUGUCAAGCCUGAAGACGGACCUCCCUCCCAGUACACAUUUUGCUCUAUCUUUGCUGGCGAAAAAGCUGCGGCCAAUCUCUACUUCUUCAAACCUGAUGGUCGUAUUGCCAACCCCGGUUCAGCAUACAUCGCUUUAGGAACCGAGCAGCUAGACAUGCUGUACAAGGUUAUCAAGGUGCAGAGAAAGCAUGCUAUCAAAGAGGAGAUUGAAGAUAAGCCGUGGGGGUAUCGACAGUUUGCUAUACAGGACCCUGAUGGGAAUACCUUGACAUUUUUCAAGUUUCUAGAGGGCGGGAAUCCAGGCAAAGAAUAG